AGUAGCUUCUGUGAAGUGAAGAAGGUGUGGGCCCUGUUGAAUGAAAAUAUUCAGCUCGAUAUGUGGAUGCUCGUUGAGAACUCUGCUUCAGCUAGUCCGACAGGUAACCCCCGUCGCCCAUCGUUUACACUGUAAACAGCAAUAGCAGUAAACAUAGUGCCCGACCAAGUAAUUAGUUGAUGUUCACCAGUUAGUUACUCUUGAUUGUAUGGGUUCAUUCACUUCAUUGUAUUACAGUGUAUCAUGAGUUUGAAGCUGACAUCUGCUUGAAUUGUGCUGAAACUACUACUUAUUUACUGAUCAAGGUGACGACAGAGCUAAUGGCUUUACUGCCCUUGCACUCGACCAAUGGAAAAGCGGGCCCUGGAUUGGGCACGCGAAAAGUUCGUGAAAAGGCUUUACUCCUCUUCAUUUUCGCCUGCUUUGUGCUGAUUUGUUUCGGUGCUUUGAACUUCGCUCCUGAGUCUUGGGACAAGGGGAAUGCUGGCAUCUCGCUAUCAUCCAUACAAACCAAUAGGCCAUACCAUGUGGAGGUACUGGCGAGACCAGAUCAGAUUCUCGCCCGCAUACGCAACCAUGUCAAAGCUGAUGUAGCUGAUGUAGGUGAUGUCGAUAGUGUGACAGAUGCGGUCACGACCAGUAAGGCGACACUAAAAUACUUGGACAUCGAUGUAUCAUCCCUGGAUAAGAGCAGUCCACAAUAUCGACGGCUCUUUGUAAAGAAGAUGGCGCAGCAUGCUUGGCGAGGCUACGAGAAGUAUGCGUGGGGCGAGAACGAGCUGAAGCCGCUGAGUCAGCGCGGACACUCUGCGUCGGUGUUCGGUGCCACGCACAUGGGUGCGACCAUUGUCGACUCGCUGGACACUCUCCACAUCAUGGAGAUGACGGAGGAGUUUGAGCGGGCGAAGAAGUGGGUCACGAAUGAAUUGAACUUUGAUCAGGAUGCAUUCGUCUCAACAUUUGAAAUGACAAUUCGCUUUGUAGGCGGCCUACUGUCGACGUAUGCUUUGACGAAGGAUGAGGCGCUAAAGAAUAAGGCUUUGGAGAUUGCCGAGAAGCUUCUUCCCGCGUAUAACUCUCCAACUGGAAUUGCGUACUCGCUCGUACAUCUCAGGAGGGGUGAGGGGAAGAACUGGAAUUGGUCACCAGGCAAAGCAUCAAUCCUAGCCGAGGUGGGCACGAUGCAGCUGGAAAUGGCCUACCUGACAGAGCUGACCGGCCGAAAGGAAUUCCAUGAAAAGGCACAUGCUGCCAGGGAAGCUCUGUUCAAGCCGGAUCGGCCACAGGGUCUGUUUUACAACUACAUCUCUCCGGAAAACGGCAACUGGGGGAAGAAACAUGUAUCUCUUGGUGCCCUUGGUGAUAGUUUCUAUGAGUACCUACUGAAAGCAUGGCUGCAAACCAACAAGCAAGACACUCGUGCCAGAGAGAUGUUUGAUGAGGCUAUUGAGGCCAUAGGCAAGCAGUUGAUUGCCAGAGCAGAGAAUGAUCCCAAGAAACUCGUCUAUCUCCGGGAGCUCAUGAACACGCGGCCUUUGGAGAAAAUGGACCAUUUAGCUUGCUUCAGCGGUGGUAUGUACGCGCUAGGAUCUCUAGGAGCGCCGGCUGACAAGAGAGACAUGUACAUGCAGAUUGGCAAGAAUCUCACCGAGACGUGUCACGAGUCGUACGACAGAGCAGGGGCCAAGCUUGGCCCAGAGAGCUUCUACUUCAAUGGCGGGGCAGCCGCCAAAGGCACGGUGGCACGCCAGCGCUAUUACAUCCAGCGGCCUGAAGUCAUCGAGUCCUACUUCUACCUGUGGCGCCUGACCAAGGAGCAGAAGUAUCGUGACUGGGGCUGGGAAGCUGCGCAGGCAAUCGAGGAGCACUGCCGCGUGGAGAAUGGCUACUCCGGCAUCAAGGACAUUGACUCUGUGCCUGUGACGCAUGACGACGUUCAGCAGUCAUUCCUGCUGGCCGAAACAUUCAAAUACCUCUACCUGCUGUUCAGCGAGGACGAUGUGCUGCCCUUGGACCAAUGGGUGUUUAACACAGAAGCGCAUCCCCUGCCGGUGCUCAGGGGUUUACCCUCCGGAGCCUGAUCAUUUGAAUUGGCAUGCGGCAAACAACAUUCAGGGUGAGGUACAAUGUGAAUCUGGUAGUGUCCACCCCAGCACAUUCACACAUUCGACUGCUUCCAAUCGGACUCACGGUUUCGCACUCUGUAUUGAAUGCAAUGUGCUUCCAGAUUUUUUUUAAACAUACAAUCUGCCUGCAUGGUGUUGACCUUGAGAAGCAGAUGUUUCCUGAGGGUGGGGGCAUCCUGACUCCCCCGCCGGAAAUCUGAAGCAAGUGGGAAUCGCCUUACAGAAUGGCAGUGAACAAAUUCAUUCCGGUGGUGCUGUGAAGCAAUCAUCCCACUGGUCACCAGCCAUACGACGCCUACUGUUGAGGAGUUUUAUUUAUCUCUUCUUACUGAUUCUUAGUUUGCUACCUUGAUGCAAGACCGGCACAGAUAUUGCUCUAAGCAGAUGCUCUGGGCCAGCUGUGCCGCUUGGCUUUCCCCGUUCUGCAUAAUGUGACAAGGCACAGGAUUGCUGCUGCUGCUGUUACUCCAGCUGAUGAUGACGAUGACUGGCUGAUAAUGCUGUGCAUACCAGUGUGUAACUGCAUUCUAUUUUUACUGCGGGUAGGGCGCCCAAACAUGCAUUGCUGCUUCAAGACACUUGAGCGUUGGCAUGGAUUCUACAAGUAUAUUAUUCCUAAUUUGAAAUUGACUCCUCUGGAUCACUCUCCAGCCGGUCAUCAGAAACUGCGGUCCUGUCACUUCGCUAUAGUUUACCUACCCAUCACCAAAAAUGCUUUUUGCCUAAGUGAAAUGAACAAGAUAACCGCCUGAUGCAACAUGCAGCAUUGGAAUUAUUUGCUACCUGUGGUUACAGGUGAUCGCUUGAGGGUCUAUAUUCUAUUGCAUAGUCAA